CGGACUAUUAGUCCCUACUUGAACCAACCAUAAUCCAGUCGAAAUAAUCACAAGUGCUAUGAUUGGUCAUCUUCAAACUCUCAAAGAAGCCUUUGACCAAUAAGCGUCAACUUGAUUACCAUUUCCUUCAACUAGAUGCAAACAGUGAUGUCAGUCAUAGCCUCAUAGGCUUGUGUUGAUAGCAAUAGCCCAUCCUUUAUUGGCCAAGAGGUAAUACACCUAUAGCUACAAAUACCUGAGCUUUUCUUCCUGAGAUAGAACACAAAGCUCUCUCAUAUACUACAAUCCAAACACCAAGUUACCUAAAUCUAAAUCAUCUGCAACAAGAAUCCUUGAGCUCUCACUUCGUCUACAUCGCAACCUACCACAACCAUAAUCACAAUGGCAACCGAAGUCUUAAAGGCAACUCCCACCUGCUGCGGCAAGAAUGCCGGAGGCGAAUGUGUCUGCGCCAAGCAAGCUACGUGCUCUUGCGGACAGAAGUCGGCCCUCGAAUGCACAUGCGAGAAGGCGUCUCUAGAGAACACUCUGAGCGGUGCCCGAUGCUCGUGCCGCGCCCGCCCUGCCGGCCAAUGUACUUGCGAGAACUCGGCAAGCGAGAACGUCCCUAUCGCCGGUAGCGCCUGUGCGUGCGGUUCCCGUCCCGCUGGCUCGUGUACUUGUGAGCUUGCCGGCUCGAACCCGAACGAGGUCGACUUUACCACGCAGAAAUAGGGGAUUUUGGACGCGGUGGUACGAUGUAUGAUAUUCAGGGACGCGGCGACGACAUUUUCCCUGCUUAGAGGGACAUUUGUCAAUAGGGGUCCGCCAAAUUGCGAUGGUCGGAGUCUGGAGUUCGGUCGCGGUAACGAAAAUACUAUUAAACUGAGACUUUUCUCUCGAGUCUUCACAGGCUAUGUAGCUACUGAAAGGUAGUCUACAAGUAUCUGGGUUCUCAUCUUCGAGAGAGGAUGAGGAAUGGGCUGUGAUGGCAUUCGCGGACAUUUAUUAGACUGGGAAGGAAUGCUAGGUACUUAGGUACAGAAGCCAAAUAUUAUUGAUGACAUAAUAAUGAUCAUGUAUUGAGGCUAAACUAUUCUGGGAUCCAUGUGCUUCAGUACUUUGGUA